AUGUCUUGGCCGUAUGAAUUUAUUCUCGACCUCUCCCCUGAGGAUAAGCAGCUCCGUCGAGAAUCCAUAGCCUUUUACGCCCUCGUGGCGCACUCCUCUGCCUUUGCGCCGGCCCUCGCCUACCUGCUCUUCCGGCUGGGCCUGACGCUGUACACGCGCGUCAGGGGCCCGGCCAGCUAUCAGUUCGUACCCGGAUCACCCGUCGCAAAGGCUAGGCAGGCCACGUCCCUGGGGGGGUUGGAAGCGCGAUGGGUCAGGCUGGCGUGGUGGAUGAGCGAUCCCGUGUACCUGUUUGGUGUGCAUUACGGUCAUAGGGAUGAGUGGAUCCUCGGCUCAGGGUGGGCAGCUUGGAUGCUGCUGCUCUGUGUGCUUGGGACUGGCAGAGACUAUCUUCAUCUGACCAAAAGAUUUGGCCUUGUUGCCGUCUCUCAGAUGCCCAUCCAAUAUCUCCUGUCUCUCAAGAACCUCAACCCUUUUUGCUGGGUCUUUGGCUCAUCGCAUGAGCAGGUCAAUCGCUAUCACCGUGUGCUGGGGCACAUCAUUUUUGCUCUGGUCGAGCUGCAUGUCAUCUUUUACAACAUCUUCCUCAUCUCGGCUGGGAAAUGGACCUCGCGAUUCUUCGCUCCCGAUGUCUUCGCUGGCGUUGUCGCCUCGCUCGCCAUGACCUCUCUCUGCACUACGGCCCUGUCCGUCUUGCGGAACUACUCGUAUCGCCUAUUCUUCAUCGUCCACGUCAUCGCCGCCCUGGUUAUCCCGCCACUCAUCUGGUUCCAUGCCCACUCAGCUCGUCUCUAUCUCGUUGAGGCCCUCGCCGUCUUUCUGAUCGAUCUCGUCGUUCGGAGGAUCACAACCAUUACCUCUCCGGCCACGGUGGAGGUGGUGCCCGGAACCGACCUUAUCAAGAUCGAGGCCAAUCUGCCACCUGCAACGCUCGCCAAGUACCAGGCCAGCCCGGGAUCACACGUCUAUCUCAGCCUUCCUGCCGAGAGUCGGCCGUCGCAGAACCUCACGUCGAAGUCCUCUCUUCUGUACGAGUUCAUCUACAACCCAUUCACCGUCGCAUCGACAAACAGCGAUACCAAUACCAUCACCCUCGUCGUGAGGAAUCAGGCUGGUCCCCUGACCAACCGUCUCAACAUGCUCUCGGCCUCGGACGCGACGGUGCAGUUGAAUGUGCUGGGACCCUACGGCGCAGUGAGCAAAUCGAUCUCGAACAUACUCAACGGGGGCUUCGACAGCGUCCUCCUGUUUGCCGGCGGCGUCGGUGCCACCUUUGCACUGCCCAUAUACCGGGCCAUCCUGCACGAAGCGCCCUCGACGCGCGUCAGACUCAUCUGGGCCAUCCGCUCCGCCGCCGAAGCCACCUGGGCCACGGCGUCGGUGAGCGGAGACGCAGCGGGAGACUCGGUCCUCGCCGACGAUAACGUGCAGCUCUUCCUGACGGGUGACAUGGGUGUCCAUGAGGGUGGGCGUGGAGGAGGAGAAGGCUUGGAGAUGAGCGACAUGCGCGGGGGUGGCAACCACAAGAGACCCAAUAUUGGCGGUAUAGUCGACGACACGUUUCGCACGGGCAUGCACGACAGCGUGGCCGUCAUGGUGUGCGGGCCUGCCGACAUGGCAAGGAAUGUGAGGACGAGUCUCAAGGUGUGGGUGAAUAAAGGACGUAGAGUGUGGUGGCAUGAUGAGACGUUUGGAUGGUAA